CUGACCACAUCACACCAUAACACACACACAAACAAAAAGAGCAAGGUGGGUGUUUCCACCAGUACGGUAUAUGUAACCCACCGUCAGAAACGAAACCCCUGACACUUCCACCGCCUUUCACAGAUUCAUUACGACGGUUACCAGACCAAUCAGUACGACCUCCGACCCGUCUCCCUAUUAGCUAGUGCCUAGAUGUGAAUGUUUGUCUGUCAGUCAGUCAUUUAUUCAUUAAUUCAGUCAAUAUGUCCAUGUUCCAGUCCAGGACCGUCUCGCUGGCACUCCUGAUCACCAUGUGUGUGUACCUCUCCUCUGUCUCUGCCAACUAUCGUCGGCCCAGUAAGGUGACCACAAACUGCUGCACAAGUGUGUCUGACACUCCCAUAAAAUCUGAACUGCAAGGAUACCGCAUCCAAAACUCCAUGCCACCCUGUGUUAACGCCAUCAUCUUCUACACAGUGAAAGGUGAGAAGAUCUGCUCUGAUCCCAAAACACCCUGGGUCGACAGGAGAAAGAAAGGUUUAAAAGUGAUGAAAAAGUGAAGAAGCCAUGCUUGACCAUUUCUGGAGCCUUCUGUACUGUAGAUCUGCCUCCCUCUACAAGCCUCCCUCUACAAGCCUCCCCCUACAAGCCUCCCCCUACAAGCCUCCCCCUACAACCAUCUAGAAUAGUUUUCCACAUGUUUUCCUUUUCUGUUAUAUUUUGAUUAUUGUAUCUGGUCGUUAGGACCUACACUUUGUUCUGUGGAAAUGGACUGAAUAAUAUAUAUAUUUUCAAAUAUAAAAUACUUGUUAUGA